AUGGCAUGGCUAGAGGAGAGACACCCACAAUUUGAGAAUUUUGUUGGGAUAUACUUGACGGAUGCAGACGAACGGCAUUGUAAAUCAGCUAAUGAACAAAAUUUGUCUUAUGAGAAUUGCCAGCUUCCAAAGUCAUCUAAUGUUGAGCAGGCUGGUGUUGACAUGGAUUUGGAGUGUGGAUCUAUGGAUUUUAAGGCAAUUGUGGACAAGUCUGAGAAAGAUUGCAGGAUCUGUUUCAUUAGUUUAAAGGACUUUAGCCAGGAAUUAGGCGUUCCAAUUAUGUUGGGUUGUUCCUGCAAUGGUGAUUUGGCUUUUGCUCACCAGAAAUGUGCGGAGAAAUGGUUUGAACUCAAAGGAAACAA